UAGAUUGAAAAGGAAGGCACAUCCACUGUCGCACACAGCAGAAAGGCUGAAAGAGAAGACAAAGGAGCCCACAAGGAACACAGACCGAACUCAGUCCAGGACCAGGGCUUUGAUGAAGAAGGGAUCAGUAUGUGACGCACAGCCUGCACCUCUGGUGCCUGUAGCCUGCAGAGCUUCAACUGUAAAUAAUUCCCCACUUAUCAAACGAAAACGUGGAAGACCACCAAAAGUUAAGGUGGUAGACCUUCCUCCUACAAGCAACAAUGCUGCUCUUGUUCAUGAGAAGAACAAUAGUGGUCAAAAUCACAACAGCCCAGUGUUUCUGAGUAAUGUAAGCCAAGAAAUGGCUUCACUGCGGGAUCAGGAACAGCCACUGAAGAAUCAAGAUGAAGUAAAAUCCUGCGAUGCAGCAGGAUCAAGUGCAAUACUUGCUGAAUUGGUAGAUGCUGGGGGACAGAGCAGGACCACAGGCAGCGAUAAAGAAGAGGAGGAAGUGGAGGUGGAUGUUCUGCUCUCCUCUCCACACAGAACACCUCCGGUGACUGCACUGACCAUGGUGAUACCUCCGGAUGAAGAGGAGGAGGAGGAGGAGGAGGAGGAGGAAAUGAUUGAGAUUGAUGUGACUGGAGAUGAGUUAGAGUAACCUUUUGUACUAAUAUCCAAUCCACAGUGUUUACAAGUUGGGAAAAAAAAGUUGUUAAUGUUUAACUUUUGAAUACGUUGAAGCACUUAAAUUGCAAUGAGUCAAAAGAAAUUAUUUUUUUUACGCCCUUAAUGCAAUUUAUUAUGUAAGUUCCAAAUUUUUGGUUUAUAAAGAACAGUGUGUUUUCAUGCCAGUGUUCCGUUUUGACUGCAAUAACUGCAUAGAUUCAGGCGGCGGCCUCUAGGGGGCGCGCUGCGUCUGUCUCCUGCUUGAAUCCAACUUUAUUGACAGCGGAAGUUCGGGAGAAAACGGUACACACGUGUUUACUUGUAGAUUUGAAGGUUACUGAAGCGGUGAUACGUUCUGAAUCCUCGGUACGUUAUAGAGCUCCACCAGAACGGAGUGGUUGAGGUUAUAGGUUGUGUGGAAGUCGCCCAACAGCAGAUAUGGAUCCCAUGAAGGCGCAGCAGCUGGCAGCGGAGCUGGAGGUGGAGAUGAUGGCUGAUAUGUACAACCGAAUGACCAACGCUUGCCACAGGAAGUGCGUACCGCCACAUUACAAGGAGGCAGAGCUGACGAAAGGCGAGAGUGUUUGCCUGGACCGCUGUGUAGCCAAAUACCUGGACCUUCACGAGAGGCUGGGACGUAAACUAACAGAGCUGUCGGUCCAGGACGAGGAAAUGAUGAGGAAAGCGGCUGUCGGCAGCGGGUAGAGAAACUGAAAACUGAAACCUAAUGAGGGAACUGCAAAGUUGUGGUGUGGGGGUCAGCAUACAUGGUUUCUCUAAGAUGCAAGACAGUUUUUUUUAUUUUUAAACUUAUGCUUAGGUAAAUAAUACACAGAGUGGAUGCUGUUGAGGGUCCAAUGACUUCUGCCGUUUCUGCUGCAACAGAGGAUGAUCCAAAGCUUGGAAAUGGACAAAGAAGCGGAGCUCUGAGUGAACUUGGUGUCUUGAACCCCCACUAAGAUCUGGGGCAACAUUAUCUCCAGGUCACUUAGUUGUUGGAGUACAUAAUCUCAAAUGCUGCAUUACGUCUUUGUAGUAAUCAGAGACCUGGCAGCAGAUGAAACUUUGAUUCUAAGGUGACAAUAUGUGAUGUUGAAAUAGAUCCAUUUUGUUUAUUAUUACAAUAAUAGAUGCCAUGCACUGAGUUAUGUACACUAGCAUAGUGUGAGUCAUCAUUUGGCUCACACAAACAUGUUCCUCAUUUUCAGGAAGUAUUAAAAUGAUUCUGAUUGAAUGGACGUGUGUUGGUCGCGUGAACUUUGCUCGUUUGUCAGUGUUGAGUGUUAUGGUGGAUGUCAUUGAACCCACUUUUGUUCCCGUCACGGCCCCUGUGUUAACGCUGUCGCAGACUUGUUUCUGCGUACUGACACAUGCCGCGCUGUUUGUUUUUAUUAAUUUCUAGAAAUAAACAUCUUACCAUCAUGA